AUGGAUGGCGAUCUGCCCAUCAGACCAGAAGAUGAACGCAGGCCUGCUCUCACAUCCGCGGCCUUGGAUGGUAACUUGAAUACCAUCAGGCUGCUCCUGAGUCAAGGAGCCGAUGUGAACGCACCUGGGGGUGUGUACGGAAAUGCGCUUGCAGCGGCAGCCUCCCGCGGGAAGCUGGAUGCUAUCAAUUUGCUACUUGAUCGGGGGGCUGAUGCCAAUGCCCCCGGGGGUGAUUUCAAAACUCCUCUCCAGUAUGCGGUUCUAGGCGGGAAGCUAGACGCAAUUCGGCUUUUACUUGACCGUGGGGCUGACGUGAACGGCAUCGGCGGCGCAGCCCUCCAAGAUGCAGCAACAGCACGCGGGAGUGUGGAAACCGUCAAUCUACUUCUCGACCGAGGAGCUGAUGUGAACGCCUCUGGCCGUCAGUUUGGAACUGCACUUCAGUCUGCCGCGUAUUACGGGGAACUAGAGAUACUUCAGGUGUUGCUUGACCGUGGGGCUGAUGUGAGCGCAUCAGGUGGUCAGUACGGAAAUGCACUCCAGGCUGCGUCCUUCAAUGGAAACGUGGAGAUUAUGGAGCGACUACUUGAUCGGGGAGCUGAUGUGAAUGCCUCCGGCGGUGAAUGUGGAAAUGCGCUCCAAGCGGCAACUCACGGCGGCGUGUGGGAUCAACACUUUGAUGCUGCUAAGCUGCUUGUCGAUCGCGGAGCUGACGUUAAUGCAUCCGGUGGUCUGCGUGGAAAUGCUCUCCGAGCUGCACUGUGGAACGUGAAUUUUCGUGUUGCAGAACUACUUCUCGACCGGGGGGCCUACGUGAACGCCCCGGCUGGCAAAUUUGGAAACUAUCUAAAAGCCGCACUGUUUGCUGACACUAGAAAGUUGGAUUUUGUCAAGCUGCUUGUCGAUCAUGGGGUAGACGUGAAGGGUCGGAGCAGAGCUGCUCUACAUAUUGCAGCGAUCGAUGGAUCCUUGGAUAUCCUUGAGCUGCUCCUAGAUCACGGAGCAGACGUGAAUGUUCAGGGUGGUAAUUAUGGAACUGCUCUCCAAGCUGCAGCAUACGGAAACAGUGCAUUAGCUACUGCGAAGUUUCUUCUCGACCGGGGAGCAGAUGCCAAUAUUCUAGGUGGUGAGUUUGGCAAUGCUCUCCAAGCUGCAGCAUAUGCACCCCAAGGUGCCUCCGAUUUGGUUGAGCUUCUCCUUCAUUGGGGGGCCGAUGUGAACGCCCUGGGAGGUCGGUUUGGCUCUGCCCUUCAGGCUGCAGCAUCUGCAGCAUGUGAAAAUCUGGACCUCAUUAAACUCAUCCUCAAUUCGGGGGCAGACGUGAACGCUCGAGGUGGCUGGCAUGGCUCCGCUCUUCAAGCUGCAGUGUCGAUGGGCCGCCAUAAAGUUGUCAAGUUAUUUCUUGAAAAUGGUGUCGAUAUUAAUAUUUAUACGGUUGAUCUCCAGGGUGCAUCAUUACUACAUGCUGCUGUCGCUUGUAAGGAUAUCAACACCCUGGAUCUACUUCUUGAAGCUGGCUUGCAUGUUGACUUGGGCGAUUAUGACAUUUUCAACCAAACGCCGCUUCACAUUUCUGUGGACCGCCCGGAGUCUUUUCAAAGUCUCAAGCGCGCUUUGCUUAAAGCUCACAAUGACGAAAAUGAAGACGUACUGGCCCUCAUUCGUGCUGCUAUCAAUAAAGGCGACGGUGACGGGUGUACCCCAUUGCACCGCGCUGUUGAAAAAGAUUCUCUUCAAGCCGCGGAAUGGCUUGUCAAUCACGGUGCUAGCGUCGACCUUCAAGAUUUCAACAACGUCACCCCAUUCCAGCGCGCCGCUCAGUUGGGGAAUUUCAAAAUGAUGAGUUGCCUUUUUCCUCAUGCGACCCAAAGCCUCGCAACGAUCGAUCAAACCACAAAAGGAUCAGAUUGGAAAGCUUGUGCGCCUUCUAAGUGGAAGGAUCACAUCGUACUGGCCUUGAAUACACGAGAUAUAUCCCCAGUGCAAGUUAUGGACGGCCACGAAUUGACGCUAUAUUUUCAUACGAUGUCAUAUCCCCUGAGGUUCUCCGCAUUGAGCAUAUCGACAAAAGGGAACGAAUGUAUCGCAGCUGCUCCUUUUCAGAGGGCACUGGUGCUUCUUCCAAACGAUAGCCUUCUUGGUCACUCUUCCGGGGGAGUCUUUUGGCGAUGGUGGCGUAAAAUAUUGAACAAACGUCCCGACCAGCCCACCAUGCAGACUUGGCGUGACCAGUGGGAUUGGAAAGUACAAUUCAAUAAGAUUCCGAACGCCGUAGCUCUGGGCCAGCCUUCUCGAACUGAAUGUAAGUGCGAACACAUUGCCUCGUUUCUACAUGUUGAUACCAAUGGCUUCGAAGGCUUUCUUGAAUGCCGUGUAGUUAUACCCUCAUUUGAAAUCCUCCAUACAUCUACCCAGCUCUCGGCGUCACCCUUGACGACUAGACCGAAGAACCACGCCAUGGUUUGGAUCAUGGUCAAGUCCGACGAGAAUCCCCCUCCAGCCCAGGCCGGAAAGACAAUGUUUGAAAACAAAAUCAUUUUCACCACCCUGGAUUAUUGCACAAUCUCUAACUCGCCAACUGAUUUUUUCAUUCCUUGCGUCGAACAGCUAAGGGAAGAAUGGAUCAACAUUUGUCGAGCUGCAGAAAGCCAUCUUUCAAACAUGCGAAGUGUUACAUUGCGCUCCAAUGGAAGAGACACAGAUCUGAUUGAGGUCCACUUGAAAGAUGCAGAAGCUUGGGCAGGCUUUAAUAAGCUGCUCACAACGCAAAUGUCAAUUCUUCGGUCGUUGUGCAACAGUUUCGAUCAAACAAAUGCACAAGCUGCUCGGGGGGACAGUGUCACAUGGACCAACUACUUGAGUAAAAGAUUCUCGACUGAAAUAGACCUAACGGAGCAAGUGGUGAACGCACGAUUUUCAUCUCUUAAUCAGGGCUCUCAAGAGCUGAUUCAACUGGAAUUCAAUCUAACCUCAAUUGCAGAGGCCCAGAAAUCGACAACUAUGAACAGGAGUAUGAAGCGUCUCAGUUGGAUCACUAGUCUCUUCGGAAUGAAUAUCGAUCUGCUUGAAUCAAACCCGUCCUGGUGGCUAUAUAUCCCAUUUGCUGCAGGCACCAUCAUCUUGACUAUGGCUGUAUGGAUUUUAUUCAAGACCAAAAGAGGCGUGAGUAGCGAGAUGUCCCAUUCCUGUCAUGAGUGGCGAAAUCAAGCGAUGAAACUAACCUCAUGCUUAGCUGGAGGAUUCGAUUGA